UUGCAACUUACCACCUACUACCGGUAUUCACUCCACUCCUCCCUGCGAUUCCCCACUAUCGUGGACCUACCUAGACCGGCCCCCGGACGACCGCCACGGUGGUGACGACUGCAUCUUUCGAUCCCUCCCUUCCCUCCCCCUCAACAACGCCAAUUAGCAAGACAAGACCUCCCUUCCCGAGCCAUGGCGAUGUCCGCUUACACCAGAGCGAUGGACAGGGCGAUGGACCUCCUCAAGUCCAAUGCCCACAAUGUCCCGCUCAUCUGCCUCGGCCUGCUGCCCCUCAUCUACACCAUCACGAGUACCACCACCCAGAGAAGCUACCCAACACUACGCGACAAAAAGAUAUGUCUGCUCAUCGCCCACCCGGACGACGAGGCCAUGUUCUUCUCGCCCACUGUCCUCGCCCUGACCCGUCCCGAGAAUGGGAACCAUGUCAAGAUCCUGUGCCUGAGCACGGGCAAUGCCGACGGCUUGGGCGAAACCCGUCGGCGCGAAUUGGUCAAGAGCGCAAUGCUCCUCGGCCUGAGACGGGAGGAAGACAUCUUUGUCAUGGAUAGCCCGGAUUUCCCCGACUCCAUGACAGCGAAAUGGGACGCCGACCGCAUCUCGACCCUUCUCCGCAGUGCAUUCGCGCCGCAUUAUGGCAACUCCCGCGAGGAAGGGUCCAUGGUCGUCAUCGACGCCCUCAUAACGUUCGACAAGUCCGGCGUAUCCUCGCACCCGAAUCACAUCUCCCUCUACCACGGCGCGCGGGGCUUCAUCUCAGGGCUUCUGAAGAAGAGGCCGGGUCGGGCCUCGCCCGUGGACCUCUACACGCUGACGUCGGUCGGCAUGCUGCGCAAAUAUGCCGGCUUCAUGGAUAUCUUCGCCACGAGGGCUCUCGUGGGCCUGAGCGCCACGCGCAAGAACAAAAAGGGUAGCCCGGACAAACUGGUCCACGUAAGCGCUCUGACGGGUGGGCGCGAGAGCUACGGCUCUGCCCGCCGCGCCAUGACGGACGCCCACAAGAGCCAGAUGGUCUGGUUUCGCUGGGGCUGGAUAGCGCUGAGCCGAUAUAUGGUCAUCAACGACUUGCGGCUCGAGCAUGUCGAGGCGUAAAGUAUAGAGAAAUGAAAAGAUCCUUGAGUGAUCUCGUACACGGUAACCAAUACUUGCGUACCAGGCAGUGAAAAAAAACAAAAACAAGCAGCCAUGUGUUCUUGUGCUAUAACAUUGGGGUCUUCUAGUAUCUCUACAGCCAGCAUCUGUUCCCUCUUCUCUCAUUUGCUCGCACUAUAUGUAGCCAUCUAUCUAUCAAUCUCCACAAAUACCUUUUCAACUUUCAACUUAUCAUACUGUAUAUACAAUGCCGACAAACGGGCUACAAAUCGCAUAUAGCCGCCAUGAGGAGAAUCGUGUCGCUCUGCUAUCGUAGCGCAUUUAUUCUUUUGUUGUUAUGCCAUGAUUGUCACAUGUACCUGACGGAUCCCGAAAAAACAGCUAGCUAGGUAGCCAACUCACCGUCGAAAGGAAGAUGAGUGUGUCGUUAUAUGUGCGAAAAGAAUGUUGCUAGUGAAGGAUCACUUCACAAAUCAGGAUGUCUCGAGCUCGAGUCGAGUAGAGG